AUGGCAUAUUCAAGAUUUGUUUUCUUUGCUUUCAUUGCUCUUUCCGUUUUGCUUGCAGGUGUUGAAUCCACAGAAAUGGCGAGUGACGAUUCAGUUUGGUCUUCCAACAAAGGAGGUUCAUUGUGUUGCAACGAUCACCCAAAGUUUGGAGUAUGUACUAAAGAUAGCAGCUGCAACAGUUGGUGCCUUAAAGGCUGUGACAACGGGAAAGGUGGCUUUUGCAAGGAAAAACUUUGUCAUUGCGACUGCUAACUGUAGAACAAUAUAUUCUACUUGUACGCUCUUUCAAAAUAUUAUUGGUUAGGUUGAUAAUUCAAACAAUGUUUACCACAGCUCGACCAACUUAGUUAUUAUAUUACACAUAAUAAGAAUCAGUUAAUAAGUUUUUUUUAAUACUAAUUGGUGGAUUUUAGAACUUCAUUAUUAGUCUCUACAAAUGUAGUUUUACAUUACUAUAUCAACAUAUUUAAAUAUUUUUUUAGCAAAAAAAAAAAAAACAUAUUUAAAUAUUUUAGCUGUAUAAAUUUAAAUUUAAAAACUAAAACGAUGUGAUACGUAUGUGAGCAAGAGAAUCUAAUCGGAAGAAAGUAAGGGAAAUGAUGAAAUAAAUAUAUAUAAUUAUAUAAUUAUAUAUCUUCUAGGUGUAUCUAUAAUAAUAAAACAGGGUUUUCUCUCACCUCAGGUCGCCACGUCAGCAAGGAAGGAGGGGCUUUUCGUGACACUUGUCACGUUCUGAUUUGUUGAGGUUUUUUACGAAAAUAGGUUUGGGCUCAUGAAAUAUAAUGGCCCAGUUAUAGAAUCAUUUGCGUGUUACCCAACUUGCAGAAUCUGGUGAAGGCUUACACACAUUUCCGGCCCAUUAAGUCGUCUUCUUCCCGUCCGACCUAGGUUUCAGAGAUCACACCCGACGGUCACCUUUCCGUAACGCCUGCCGGCCGCAUUGAUACCUUCUUUACUCACAUUUUCUACGUAAUAAACCCACUCUUCAUCAUUCACUUUACCUCAUCCCUUUCCCAGAGUAACCGAGAAAAGCUUAUACUAUAAAUAUCUCCACUUCUAUCGAUGAGCAGCACAGAUUCGACGAGAUUCAGAAGAAUAGUCUUUUCACUUACUGAUCACUGCGAUGGCGAAUUCCUUUACCCUCCUUGCAUAUUUGAAAGCUGGGCGAUGCUCCAACACUGCGGAGGUUCGUAUGCAAGGAUGUGUUGGUUCGAAGUAUCAAUUCAGGUUCAGAAACCGUCUCACUGAAGGAUCUGUCUACAGUUUAAGCGGGUUUGAUGUUACGCGCAGAAACCCCAAUUUCAGGUUCUCUGAUGCUCCCUCUCCAUACGGUUCAAUGAUGGAACCUCUUUUGAUAAGCUACCGGAGUCCACUAGGCCCAUACCUACUGAGCUGUUCUGAUUAUUACGAGCAUACAAUCAGUUACUUGAACUGGCAAACACCGGCAAAAACAGGUCCCUGACAUGAUUGGUGAGCUAAAUGCAAUCCGGAGUACAAUCACCGAUCGUAUACUGGGGGCACAGUGUGUAAUGCUUACACUGUGUAAUAGAUAAUCUAACGUAUACUCCUAUCUGACUCGAUAUCAUUGUUUCUUUGCAGUGGUGAUAACGUUUGUGUUAGUAUGUUUGACUCUAUGGCUCUUGCGUUUCAUAGCGAAUUUGAGAGCUACGGGAAAGAACCCAAAAUUGUGCUUGCCACAAGCGUAAAUCCUAAGAUAGUUGGGGAUAAGAGUUAGAUUUACAAAAUCAUUACAGCACCACCAUGGCAAAAAAGUGAUUACAGUCCGGAUGUCUUUGUCGAUAAGCCGGAAUACCUCAGCUGUGGAGAGGGAGAUUUUGUUGUGAAUGACGUUAUUGCGCUGCUUCCACAGAU